AUGGCGCAGUUGACUGCAACCACGUUUUCUACCGAUCCGGCUCUCUGGAUUUUUACCUCCCUGACCGCCGGAUCCUCGCAUAUCGUCACAGCUACAUCUCGUCUCGAAACCAUUCUCCGCGCCAACCGCGUACCCUUCAAGGCCGUCGACCUCGCAACCGAUCAGAAGGCUCGUAUGCUCUGGGGUCGCCGUGCCGGUAAAGAUGCCUCUGGCCGGGUGAGAAAGCUCCCGGCUCUUGUGCAAGAGGGCCUCGUGCUCGGCGACAUCACCGAGAUCGAAGAAUGGAACGAAUAUGGCGAGCUCAAGCAGCACGUCAAAAUCUACUACGACGAAUUUACUAUACCUGACAUCAACAACAAGCCCAAGGAGCCUAUCAAGAAGAAGAUCAUCAAGAAGGUGCCCAAGGGCACGUUGUCGGGAAAUGCCUCCACCUCUGCUUCCACUUCUGCAUCGGCCCCCGCGCCUCCGCCAGCGCCCCCUUUGCCAAAGGAUGAGAGCUCUACUCCUGCUGCUGCGAAGGUCAAGUCUGUCGAGACACCCCAGGCCCCAACCGACAACUCCUCCACUGUCGUUCACCGCUCCAUUGCCGACGAGGCAGCUAAGAAGGCCAAAGAACUCCGGCUACAGUCCCUGCGCGAUAAGGUUCAUGGCAAGACAGACGGUAAGACUGCCGAAGGCAAGAAGCCUGAAACCGAUGCGUCAUCUGUAGUCACCACCGAACCCGAUAAGAAAGCGGAAGCUGCAACGGACGUCUCAAAGACACCAGAAACAACCCGGAAACCCUUCCUAGCCAGCACUAGCAGCGGUUCCUCGGCCCAGAGCGUCAAGCCCGUCGGUCUCCAGUCCCCGACCACAGGCUCCUGGGGCGCCGCUGCCACGAACAUCAAUCCCGAUGCCCUGCGCGAGACUCUCCAGUCACCGACAACGGCCCGUUGGAAGCCCUCCGAUGUGGACAAGCCCGUUACGGUGCACAUGGGCGCCACGGUGGCGUCCGUGUCCCAGGAAGAGAUCGCCGCGGUAGAGAAUGCCGAGACUAUCAAGGAGGAGCCUGAUCAGGAGAAUUCCGACGAAGACGUAGACGUGUCGCAGAAGAUCGCCGAGGUCGAAAAGGCACAGGCCAUCAAAGAAGACCCCGAAAAGGAGGCAGGCGAAGACCUCACCAAGGCCGCCGCGCCGGAAACGGAGACGGCACCGAAGGAAGCUCCACCAGCCGAAAAGACCGAGACUAUUACGAAGGCGCCGCAGCCGGAGGAGGAGGAUGACGAAGAAGACGACGAUGACGAGGAUGAGGACGACGAUAGCGACGAGGACGAUACGAGUAAACCCGAGACGAAACAGGAGGGGGCUAAGGCGAAGUCGAAAUCAGAGGAGAAGGAGCUGGCAGAGGCAAAGAUAGCUGAGCCCAACAAGCCCGGGGAGUCAAAGUCUGAGGGAGAAGCUAAGCCUAAGGGGGAACCUGAGGAGUAG